AUGCCGGGUUUCCAAGCUAUCAACCUCGAACCAGAGGAAAACGUCGAUGAGCUGAUCGAUACCACAAAGGAGAUACAUGUGGACGAAGCACUCAAACGGUUCCAAAAUGCCCUUCGGCUCCAUGCGCAGGGUUCCAGAUCGCGUGAAGCUGCCGAAUCAGCCUACACGGAGCUCUUCAACUCUGAAGUUUUCAAGUACCGCGAGGCCCAGACAGACUACGAGCGAGCAGAGCGUCAUGCUGGGAACGUGACCGAACCGCAAAUUCUCGACUCCUUUUCAGCAGGAUUAGACAUUGAUGCUGGCGGUGCCGAUGGUGUCGCUGCUAGUCUUUCUCUGGCACUAUAUCUGGGAUACAAAAACUAUGGCGAAUUCUUCCUUGACAAGUUGAAGGAUAAACUGCAAUCGGACCCGGAUGUGAAGAAGGCCCGAAUAUUCUUCCAUAAAGAUGGUGCAAGCAAAAUCUUGGAAAAUUGGGCACGAGCUUUGGACCAGGAUCCUUCCGAUCCCGAAGUCUGGCGUAGAGCUGCUCGCUUCGGUGCUGCUCUGAACAGCGGAAGGCUCAAGCGCUAUUGUCUGGAGGCGGCCAUUGAGCUAGAUGAUGAUCCAGCAGUUAUGGAAAUCGAUCCACCUUCGUUAGCCGAGGGUCUAGCUGGAGAGCAGUUGAAGGACCAGUUGAAGCUCCUCCACGACGAAAUCGCCCUCUCGCACCCAGGGAUGGCACCCUGGAUGAAGAAAGAAAUGCCAUCGAUGAUCAAACGACACCUCGAUCCUAUACCAUAUCUCCCCGACCCGACCCAAUCGUUAACACCACCCCCCUCGACCCCCGCGGAAUCUGACAAGCUCCUAGAAGAGGACGAGCCUGAGCCCAUGGACGAGGAUCAUGAGCUGGAAUCAAGUUCAUCUUGGCCUAGCUUAGGUCUCCGUCUGAUGAAACACAUUGAAGAUAACAAGGCUGCGUUGCGAAUUUGCCAGGAAAUCCCACAAGUCUGUCCUCCAGAAGACGGCAAGGUCGCCAACUCAACACCUCCACAAUCCACUGAGCCAGAUAAGAAAGCCGAUGAAGCUGUCAAAGAUGGUUCGCGCGAGAAGUCAACGGAUGACACGGACGAGAAGGCUACAGGAGACACUAAGAAGGAGUCAGGCCCGGCACAGAAAGGUUCAGACAAGCCUCAGAAAGAACGGAGUCAAUCGGUACCAGCCACAAGAAAGCGCUCACAGUCUGUCGCCGGAUUACCGGACGGGGCUGACGAGGAGAACACUGCUGAGAAGAGGAGUAAACGCGUCCGGCGACGGGAGACAGCAACCGCCGAAGAAGUCGCGGACCCCAGCACAAUUAUUGCGAACCAGCUCCAGCCAUGCCAUGACGCGGAUAGCCACUUGUUUCACAUGGUCCAGAACGUUGCAGAGAACCUAGGCGUUGAAGAUAAAGGCGUCAUUGACUGUCUCCUAGAGCUCCACCAAUCCUCCACGGCUGAAGAUCGCUUGGCCAAGGUGACACCGCUGGCUUCCAAAGACCUCCGAAGCGUUCUCACUGAAUUCAGCGACAACACUGCUCGAGUACUACUCGAUAAGAAGGAGCAGCCGACACUCAGCCUUUCCUCGUUUCUUGAGCACGCCAAGUCUGGAUCACAAGACCAGCCUGAAACCGGGCCCUUUGACGAAGAGAAAGGCCUAGAGGCCUUUGCAGAGGAAAUCGAGAAAUAUGGUCCAUGGGCAACGGGUAGUGACAUUGCCUUUGAAUGGGUCAAGGCCAUCGCGCCUAGCUACAAGUCUGCAAAAUGGUCUGAUACAAUGAAAACAACCGUUGUUCAAAUGCUCAAUCGUGUUGAUUCUAUCUUGCUAGAGAGGGUCAACCACGACCUGAACUCGUUACUGGCUGCUCCUGAGCAGCUAGAGUCCCUCAGCCAUAUUAUACCUAUGCUGUUUGAACUUCACAUUGACAUUUAUGAACGAAUCACGAAUCCGAAUAGCGUGGUAGAUUACGCUACUCGUGUGGAGACAAAGGAUCGUCUCAAUAGAUGGCUUGGCAUCGCUUCGGGUUAUAUCCAGCGUCUUAACCUCCCGCCGAGCGAUGAAUUGAGUGUGCGAUUCUUAUGGGGCUCGGUCCUUGUUUCCGCGCUUGUAGAGGAACCAGUCCGCGAGCAUAUCCUUCUCAUGUGGACUUCUCUCAGAGAUUUCAUGUCUGAUCAAAAGGUGGAACUAAUAUCUCUUCCAAACAACGUGGUGAUGCCAAUAAUCUCCCCGGCUGCUGCGGAUCGCGAGAUUUCAAAACUCACCACAAUGGAUUUCUUUCUCGGCCUGUUUCAAGAGGAGAUGAAGAGUCCAAUUGAAGUGAUUGAAACACUGGAGCCUGUCUUGAACCCUACAUCUGUACAUGUCGCUCCCGAGCCGCCGACGCCUACCACGUCUGCGGACGAUGAGUCCGUCAAAGAACAAGCCCAGGAUGGGGGGCAACCGAUCUCAGAUUGUGCCGGCCAGGGUCUGCGUGACCUAUGGAAGUUUUUGCUCACCAGCAGCACUGAGCUAAGACUUUUUCUGUGGUCUCGAUUAGGAGAUGCAUACCUUGCCAUUGAUUAUCCAACCAAGAAGUUUUCUUGCUAUUUGAAAAGUAUCGAGAUGAUUGUGGCCGAUCUCGAGGCUGAAGUAUACACUAAGACUGCCUAUGAAUCUCGAAGGCUGCUUCUGAUGAGAACCCUGAAGUCUUUGGACGAACAGGUUAUUCACGCCCUGACCAUGAGCUUGAAUGAACCUAGUGCCUUUGACAUCAUUGACGAGGAGCAUAUCAAGUCAAGCGUUGCAGCAGUUGCUAAAGUGAAUUGCCUCCUGCAUGUCGCCGCCAUUUGUGAAGAUGAUGUCCGUGUUGGAGUCACACCAGCGCCAUCAAAUAGUGCAACCUACACGGCCUUAGUGACCAAGAUGCGCGAGAUGCAGGUGCGCGCAUGGUCGCUUCAAUACACACUUCUCAAGGCCGGCAUCCGCCAGCAAGGUUCCUUUAUAUCACCUGACAACGAGCUGGCUGACUUGCUUGCCGCAAUUCACCAUGCCAUUGGGUUGCGUAAAUACUGCAAGGUUUCCAAUAAGAUCUUCUUGAAGGUGAUGCGAGCAGAGCUUCUCAAAUUGAAGACGCUAGAAAAUUGGGAGGAUUAUCUCGAACAAGUUCUAUACGACCUCUACGGACUGAAACUUGGUGUUGGCGCCUGGGAGGUCCAAGAACAUGGCGUUCCGCAUGAGUCUUUAGAAAAGUCCAAGACGAUGCAACUUGUCGAGAGAAUCAUGAUACUAGCGAAUCGUAUGUCAAUGAAGGAUCUGCUCAAAUCAGACCUCAAGACAACAAUAGAUCAUAUGCAGCAGACAAUCGGCCAGCUGAAAUCAACACCGCAAAUGAUUUUCAACUUGCGGAACUUCCAAGAAUACUUGAAAAGGCCUAUCCAUCCCCUUCGAAUGUACCGGGCACUUACCGGAAGCAUCGAUGUUGAUGCAGUCUCAGUCAAUGCCCCUGAAUCGGGCAUUGCAAACCACGGGUGGUUUUUCCUCCAGGGAAUGCUGGCAUUGACCAAAUUCAAAGGCGUCGACCUCAACCGACGGCAAACUCCUGGAGCUACGGAUGACUUGCGCAUUGGUGCAACUUUUCUCAGACUGCAACUACAGUUCACCCCUGACCGCUGGGAUGCAUGGUUUCGCUUGGCUGAGUGUUUCGAUUAUGAAUUGGAUGAAGCCGUCCUGUGGACGGCUGACAAAAUCAACAAGGAUCGCAACGAACUUCUAAAAUUCCAGCGGAGUGCUAUUCACUGCUACACCCUUGCUCUUUCCCACUCCAUCACUGUAGACGUUGAGGCCUACGAAGGGGAUCCGCUACACGAUCUCUAUCAUAAAUUCGGCAUGCGUCUAUACGCCUCGAGUAGAGAGCCAUUUGCAAUGGAGCCCUUCAAGCACUCCGAGCAGGAGAGAUUCUUUAUCGAAACUAUGAGUCUGGAUGCUUUCAGCAGAAUAGUUCAUGAUGAAAUGACACAGUACAAGGUUUGGAAGUUUGCUGCAAAACUAUUCAAAAUGGCAAUGAAGCGACAACCCAAAAACUGGAAGAAUUCAUACAUGUUGGCCAAGUGUUAUUGGAAGAUGUACCAAACACCAGGAGCUGAUCUCGAUCUCAAAGACCAGAAUUCAAGGGUCAAAUUAGAGACUUUGAUUGAUGCUCUCAAGACAUCCGUGGAAGUUGCUCACAAGAACCGCAAGUCGCGAAGCAAUGACGUUGUCCUUGAGCCGCACUACAAGAUCAUCUCUGUGCUCCACAAACUGGUCACGCGUGGUGAUAUCCCUUCCCUCGAAGCGGCGACAAUUCUUUCCGAGCAGCCUUUCGGUAUAGUUGUCGAUCCAGAUGACCACUUUGCUUCCUUUUCAGAGCCAGAGGAUUGGGAAGAGUAUGUUAUCCGCAGUCUGACCAAGCUUCGAGAUCGCGACAAGUCGAAUUGGCAACACCGAAUUAUCAUGCGACACGCCUGCAUCCUCUUCAAUGAAAAGUCGCCCGCCAGUAUGGAGAGUGAUAACUAUGUGGAAGCUAAGGCCUCCUUUAACAUUCUUCGCGAGAGCAUGUUUACCAAGACCAUGGUGAUGAAUGUUUGGAAAUGCGAUGCUGAGAGGCCUGGGCGCCACCAUGUUUAUACCGAACGAUAUAUGCGUUUCAUGACCAAACUACUCAUUAACUUGUCAGACCGCGUCAACAUGGAACAGCUGUUACGGCGUUUGCGCAAGAAGGGGGCGGACUUUUAUCACUUCGUCGAUCUGUGGCACACAUGCUGCCUCGCUUAUGUGAAGAUGCUCCGCGAUACCUAUGGCAUUACUCAUUCGACGGACGAGGUCUUCAAAUCCAUGUCUAAUGAAGAGUUUGAGAUCAUAACCGAGCGAAUUACCGAAUGGGCAUCUGCUCAAGGACCGAUGACACCUACAUUCAGUUGCAUGAAGGAUGCCAUCGAGUUAAAGAAACUGAAUGCAAGUCUCACAAGAGUAGCACCUAUCGACGACUUGAUCAACGAUUGUUAUUCCAAGAUCUACCUUGAUGUUGCACGAAGUCUUCCUGGCCCAGAACCUGCCAAGGUUAUCGAGGAAAGGAACCAGGCGAAGGAGGCCGUAGCCAAAGAGAACGCAGCAAAGGCGGAGGCAGAAGCUGCCGCCGCAGCCGCUGGAGAACUCCAGCCCAAGGCGUUGAACGGACUGCUCCCGACGUCUGAAGCGCAAGAUAGCCGCGGGGCGACGCCAACUCCACAAGAUUCAGAGAAACCCGAAGCUGGACCUCGCGCCCGACGAGUGGGAAUUCGGCGACCUGAAGUCCUCCGUAAAGCAGAACAAGCUGUCAUGCGGUCUAUGGAGCCCAAGGCUGGCUCUGUCAAAGCUCGCUCUAGUAGUGUGAUGAGCAAGCGGGGAAGCCAACGAGGUAGCCAGACUCCUGCUGCAGCCAUGAGUGAGGAUGAUAGUGGCAGUGGCAGCGGCAGUGAGGAGGAAGGGCCCGAUGCGCAGGUCAGGCGAGAGGCCGCAGAAGGACUAGAUACUGAAGUCAAGGAAACAGACGGUGAGAGUCUGCACGAGCACGACCAUGAACAAGAUCAUGACCAUGAGCACGACCACGACCACGACCUCGACCUCGAGCACGAGCACGAGGAAGAUGAUGACGACAGUGAUCUCAGUGACGUACCCGAGGGGUACGAUGAUGAUAUGCCAGAUGGCUUACUGUUUGCCAACUUGAGGGGUCAGGCACCAAAUGAUGAGUCCAGUGGUGAAGAUGCCGAUAGCGAGAGUGAAGGUGAGGAGGAUGAUCAGGAAGAUGAUGAGACCGCUCUCGAGCAUAUGGAUGAAGAACAAGAUGCCGCUGAGGCCACACUUGAACAUAUGGAUGAGGAUGAAGAUGAGCAAGAAGAAGGCCAAGAGGAGAUCGCGGAUGGUGUUGAUGAAGAUCAAGGGAAGGAUCAUAGCCGACUGGAACGUGCUCACAGAAGUGAUCAUGAAGACACCGAGAUGACAUAUGGCGAGGACGAGCCGACGAGGGGCCCAGAAGGGAGCGAGGACGAGGAGGAUGAAGAUGACGAUGACGAGGAGAAAGCAGAUGAGACCAUGUAG